AUGCCCAAAGCGACCACCCCUACGUCUGCCCGCCAGGCUGGCCGGCGGCACAACCCUCUCGAGAGCGACAUUCUCGCUACGGGCGUCCUGCGCCAAAAGGCACCCAAGCGCAAAUCGAAGAGUGACGAGGACGCCGACAACCAGUUCAUCGAGUCCAAGGCCUCGAAGAAGAUUCUACAACUUGGUCGCGAGCUCGCUGACGAAGAUCGCGCGGAACCAGAGCCUUCCAUAUCAGCACCAGAUGCUUUCGGUCUGGGCUCCAGAUUCAUCGAGGAAGACGAGCAAGAGGGAGGAGCUUUUGAGGAUGAUGAGGCUUGGGGAGACGAGGACGAGGUUGUAGAAGAGAUUGAGGUUGACCCCUCUGACCUCGAGACCUUCAACAAGUUUCUUGCCAAUGGAGAGGAUCCUCUGGCGAACCUCCCCGGCUGGGGCGCUGAUGCUGCCGCCGAGCCCAGUGCUGGCGGGCAGAACCUGGCCGACAUCAUUCUGGCAAAGAUUGCGGAGCACGAAGCAACACAGGAGGGUCGACAGAAUCCCAUGGCUGCUGUUGACGACGACUUUGAACUGCCGCCUAAGGUGGUUGAGGUCUAUACCAAGAUUGGUAUGAUCUUGUCACGCUACAAGUCUGGAAAGCUGCCCAAGCCACUUAAGGUUCUCCCCACUGUUCCGCAGUGGGAAGACAUUCUCGAGCUUACUCGACCGGACACCUGGACACCCAACGCAUGCUAUGAAAUGACGAGGAUCUUUGUCAGCUCCAAACCGAUCGUCGCGCAACGAUUUCUCGAGAUGGUGAUCCUGGAUCGGGUCCGCGAGGAUAUUCACGAGACCAAGAAACUGAAUGUCCAUCUUUUCAAUGCGCUCAAGAAGGGGUUGUACAAGCCGAGCGCGUGGUUUAAAGGGUUCCUCUUCCCGCUAGUCGGCUCGGGCACCUGCACGUUGCGGGAGGCUCACAUCAUUUCGGCCGUUCUCACUCGCGUCUCCGUACCGGUCCUCCACUCAGCUGCCGCGAUCAAGGGGCUGUGUGACAUCGCCGCGCAAGAGGCAUCUGCUGGCACCGAGGGAGGCGGUGCCACCAACAUCUUCAUCAAAACUCUUCUUGAGAAGAAGUACGCACUUCCCUUCCAGGUCAUCGAUGCCCUGGUAUUUCACUUCCUUCGCUUCCGUAGCGUGGACCCCGCGGCGGUCAAAGAGGGGGAUGCCAUGUCCGGCUUGACUGGUGGCGGCGGCAACACAAGACAGCUGCCCGUGAUCUGGCACCAGUGUCUCUUGGCGUUUGCUCAACGAUACCGCAACGAUAUUACUGAGGACCAGCGUGAGGCUCUCCUAGAUCUGCUGUUGACGCAUGGCCACCACACAAUUGGCCCCGAGGUCAGGAGAGAGCUUCUGGCUGGGAGGGGGAGAGGAGUUCCGCUCGAGCCUCAAGACUCGGCGUUCGAUGGAGACGAUACCAUGUUGAUGCCUGAAACUCCUACCCUGGGAUAUGAUCCCAAUCAUAUUCGAAAAGCAAGACAUAGAAGUAUGGUAGACAAUGCCACCGGCAAGCUUCCAACACCUUCAAGUCAGGUCUCAACGCCGUCGAGGGGCGCCAGGGACGGCGCUGGCAGCCCGUACGGCGUUGAUCCUCCCCGUCCGGCCAAGGACGGCUUCGAAUGGGUCUGGUUCCCGGAUGGCUACUGGGCCGAACGGCCGGUCCACGAGAAGACAGAAAGCCGCAAGGGCAGCGAGAGCAGGCUCUGGCGAUAG